AUGAGUUCUGGAGCUGCAGCGGAUCAGGGAGAUCAACAUUUGGACCUUCACGUUGUACCCUAUCGGUCACAUCUGGCAAAAAAGGCUUACAUGCCGAGUAUUUUGCUAGAUGGGGAAAGGGCCGUAUUAGCAGACCGCUCGGGUGCGCUUUUGAUGAAGUUAAGAACCGUUGGUUUAUUGCAGAUCAUGCUGAAAGUGGUUGAUUGCGAGAAGCUUAAAGAAGUUUUUUCGGUUUGCGGAUUUUGCCGGCCAAGUGCUCUUGCCAUAAUAGAAGAAGGUCGUACGUUGGGUUUAGUUGAUGACCGCCAUAUUAUUAUUGGUGAUACUCGGUCACUGGAGUUUUCCUCAAUCAGUGAAGAGUAUCAUGGCUGUCGACGAGGUUUAGCCGUCUCGGAGUGUGGAAAUUUUUUGAUAAAUUUGCACAAAACUCGAGGGAGUUUGGCGGAGGUUCUAGUGUAUGAUAUUCGUCAGCCUGGGGAGGCAUUUGAUAUCUUAGCAUAUGCACUACCUCUUUCAACGCACAGUUCCAAGCCGUGUUUCAUAGACUACAUGCGAGGCCGACUGGUCAUUAGCGAUUUAGGUGUCGAAUGUCAAGCAUCUUUUAUUAUUUUCUAUCAAAAUGCUUCUUGCAUCAGGAGGUUUGAUUAUUGGGAGCGGGAUGAGAGUGUUAAAGAAGUUUACGUUUUGUCCUGUAAAAUAGGAAAUCCCAGACUGGAUGAGACUACCGAAUUGAAAUUUCGUGACUUUCUGUCUAACGGAUCAGUAGGUUUUAAUUACCCAGCAGGUGUUGUUUUCGAUUCGCAAUACGACAUUGUUCUUAGCGAUGCGGGAGCUUCAAAACUUUAUGUACUUUUUUCUCAUCUGAUAUUCUUAUAUUAUUUUCACAUAAAUGAUUCUGAUUUGUGGUUUAAUUCGGGUCAAGAUCUUCAAGGUGAAAUCUCAACCAGUGACGGUUUUUGUUACGGAAGUGGUAUAUGCGUGAACAGAUGUGGGGUAUUGGCGGUAUGCGACAGGAGGCUGAGUGAAGUGAAAUUUUAUCGUUUAGUGGCAGCUGGAUAG